AUGGCUUCCACGAGGAUAUCCGCGCCCAUGCGUGGCGUCACACACCAAUUGAGGAGUCUGUCGAUACGGCCGAAUGCGCUGUGCACGCGCUGUGCCAAAUCUCUAUGCACGCCCACCACCCGCUCAAUAACGACAUCUGCGCCCUCCAAAGCCACGCUAUCGUCAAUACAUACCAAGACCUAUGCUCCUGGAUAUGUACCUGUGAAGCCUUUCGAGGAGCAGACAGUGCUCGCGACUAUCCACCAGUUCCCUUCCCUUGAACCGCUCCGAUUCGAACAAUACCCGGCAAACCACCUCUACCUACCCACACGACGAGACAUAUUACACCGCGCUGUUGUCUACGAAGGAGAUAGUGCACGGUUAGGUACUGCUUCUACAAAGACAAGACAUGAAGUACGAGGUUCAGCAAGGAAGAUCCGGCCACAAAAGGGAACAGGUCGCGCUCGUCUGGGAGACAAGAAGUCGCCCAUGCUGAGGGGUGGAGGUGUCGCAUUUGGUCCCAAGCCCCGCGACUUUGCGACGGAACUACCCAAGAAGGUCUACGACCUCGCAUGGCGGACAGCACUCUCGUAUCGGUUCAGGAAAGGCGAGCUGAUCAUUGUGGACAAUGCAAUGGAGAUUGAGAGCCCGUCUAUAAGGUUACUAGGUGACAUCUUCAAGUACCAUGAGAAGCUGCACGGCAAGGGCAGGAGCUUAAUGGUCACAUUGGAAGAGCGACCGUUACUUGAACAGGCAUUGGUAGAGAUGGAUCGCGGUGAGCAGACGCUCACAUGGGAGGAAGUCGACGUCAAGAACCUCCUCGAAUUGUCGCGCGUCAUCAUCGAGCGUGACGCACUGCACAACAUUCUUCUUUCUCACGAGGAGGACCUCACACACAAAGCCAUCACGCCCUGGCACAAGAGCCUCAUCCGAUCAUCGCCACCCACAGAACUCGAAUCAACCAUCGGCUGGGAAGAGUUCCGCGAACUUUCCCUCUCCGACCCCAAGGAAAAGGACAGCAUCCGCGCUGGAGUCUACGAGAGCGUAGCCGGAACCCGCUACGCCUACGCUGAGUCCCUCCCCCAAGGACCCAAGCGCUCCGAACUAACAGUUUCCGCCUACAACCUCCUCGCCGAAGCCAAGGAACUGCAGUUCGCAGAAAGGACUGGUCGCUCUUUUACCGACUACCUCAGCGACCCAAACAAUGAACAGUGGCCCCGUAUCCAGGCUCUUACCUACCAGAUCGACACAAAACAUGAUCUCGCUGGUAAGGCUUUGAACACGGAGAGACUCGAGUCUGAGGAGAUUAUGAUCGAUGUCUGGCAGCUUCAAGUACAGAAGCAAGAAGUAGAAUACGAAGCCGCGUUACUCGCAGCACAGAUCCACGAGCACCGCUCCGAGGCGCUUCGUCUCAUCGGCGACGAAGCGAGUGCCGAAGAGCAGUUGGAGUUGGCCAGCGGUGAGAGGAACAAUGUCGAUAACGCGGAAGUAGUGCUUUUGGAAACUAGGGUUGAGCUUGCCAAGCAGAAGAACGUCGCUGCUACGCUCAAGGGCCAUUUCGCUGGACAGCAGAAGACAAGGGGGGAGGUUAGGCUUUGUGAGGAGAAGCUAGAGAGUAAGAGGGCGGAGAUUGCGGCUGAGACUGCGGAACUUGAGAACAUUGAGGACGAGGAGGUGCAGGAGGUGGAUGUUGCGACUGGAAUCGAGACGAAAGAUGAAAAGGUCAAGGAGGAGAAGAGGUUAUGA